AGCUCCUCCAGUGAUGUAAAGAAGGAUCCCUUUCGCUUUUAUUUGAUUUUGCCUCCCAAUCAGCUGUGAACAUGCUCACUGUGACUUAUUACUGCCGGGAAGUUUUUUUCGCAAACAAUUCGUUGGAUCUAAGUGUGGAUUUGUUCCAGGUUUUCCUCGCUGUCCGACAGAACUCAUGAAACCCUCUUCAGAGCGACGGUUUAUGGACUCGCGUAUUAGCUAAUGAUGUCUGUGGGUUUCAUGCCUGACAGUCUGAAUGGCUCAGAUCCCUCCAAAUCGGCCUUCCUAGAGUUUGGCCACGGACACCCGACGCACCAGCAGCACUCUCCCGGACUCUCCCACAUUUACCCGGUUCAUGGCUUGCACGCUGCUGGGCAUUCCCAGCACGAAAGUCCUUUUCCUGGCAACACGUCCUAUGGCCGCUCUUUGGGCUACGCCUACCCAGGCGCGGUGAACACUCAUCCCCCGUCUGCGUACAUGCCCUACCAGCACAGCAAUCACAGCAACAGCAGCAGUCUGGUCCACAGCAGAUUAGAGCAGACAGAUCGCGACAAGUCCACGGUGAUUGAAAACAGGGAUAUUCGCCUGAAUGGCAAGGGCAAGAAAAUCCGCAAGCCUCGGACCAUCUACUCCAGUCUGCAGCUCCAGGCUCUGCACCAGCGCUUCCAGCAGACCCAGUACCUGGCCUUACCGGAGCGCGCCGACCUGGCGGCCAAGCUGGGACUCACCCAGACUCAGGUGAAAAUAUGGUUUCAAAAUAAGCGCUCUAAGUAUAAAAAGAUCAUGAAGCAUGGCAGCGGAUCAGAGGGGGAACACAUCCACAGCACCAACUCCAUCUCCCCCUGCUCGCCCGCGCUGCCACAGCUUUGGGAGGUCUCCAUGGCGAACAAAGGAGGCCCAGUUCACCCAAACAAUUACAUGAACAGUUUCGGUCAUUGGUACCCGAACCAUCACCCUCACCAGGACGCCAUGUCCAGGCCUCAGAUGAUGUGAGUGGAUUGUUUUUGGUGUCCAGCAGGCGACAGCGAACUUCUCUGGAGGCCCUUCCUCUCAGAGCUGAACUGCGUGUUUAUUAGACUUUGUUCACUGUAUUUGGUGUGAAUUCAGUUUUCACUGCAAAAUUCAAAACCAGGCAUCAAAUAGGGUUUUUUUUUUUCUUGUUUGUUUUCGAUUUUGUUCUGUCGAAGUCACUGCAAGUUCUGUUGCACGGCUUCACAUCACUGACAUGUGGACUUGUGUGUGCAGUUUAACAAGACACUCUGGAUAAAGAAACUUUUAAAAAA